AUGUCAGGCGCAUACAAAAACCAUUCGUCACAAGCACAAGUUUGCGCCAGAAAUACGACCAAACCAGACGUGAGCCUGGCGCUCCGAACAACCUACUGUCCUCCCUUGGAUGAGGCACUCUUCUAUGCGAUCACCUCUGAAUACGAGCUUCCCCAAGAUCGAGAGGCAAUCACAGCCAUACUUGAAAGCCUUAAGGCAGGUGCUUUGGAACAAGAUGCGGCAGAUUUUGACCCAUCAGGAACUGGAGGGCCAAGUCAACAAAAAGACUACACAGACACUUCAAGGUCAGGCCCAGAAGAUGCAGCUUCAACUGGAGUUACAAGCAUAACAACGGGAAUUUCGGAACUCUUGGGAAACGGCUCAGACACUUUUGGCCAUGAUCUGAACGAUGCGUCCAUUGAAGCAAAGACUGCCUGGUUGAACAACGUGUUUCCCGAUAUUCCAAAGCAAGAACUGCUCGCCAUCCUCGAAAGUCAUGGAGGCUUCUUGGACAAGGCGACCGACGAACUUUUGAACCUCUCUUUUCUGAAGCAAGGAAAUGGGGACCAUUUGGAUGAAAUCCCUGUUCUCAAGGGAAUUGACGGCUUUGCCGAAGGCAUUAAUGGUUCAAGGAAGAGCAGAAAGCGAAGAAGGCAAAGAACGACGGAUUCUUCAAGAGCUAGUUCUGCUUCUUCAUAUCUACCUGAAGAGGAGACGAACAGCCAGAAUGUUUGGUCUACCAUGUCUGAGGACGUACAAUUCAUAUGUUCCAGGACUCAUCUCCAACCACAACCCGUCAGAUCGAUAUACCACUCGAACCGAGCUCACCUAGGUCGGACCAUUCGGUCACUCGCUAUGAAAGAAAGCGCCACAUACAAGCCUGACAUCGAUGAAGAGGCUCUGGUUGAGCUUCAGAUUGCCGAAUUCAAUACCGAUUUCGAGACUGUCCCAAAAGAACUCCUUUAUGGGUUACUGAGCCUGGCCCGAAAUAUUCCAUCUGCUGCCCGAGAAUUGCUCGAAGCUAUGAUGAGUGUCGACAGACAACGUGAGAGAAGUGAUCUGACAUUGAGCCCUCAAUAUGUACCUAUCAAACUCGAGGACGACGGUCCUCAACGCUCUAAGUCACCUUCGGCCUCAACUUGGUCAGCUAUCAAACCUAACGCACGAGGCUCAGCUGCAAUUCAUCAAGCAGCCGCUUCGCACAACUUCAGCCAGGCAAGCGCAGCCUAUAAGAAAGGCAAGUCCGAUCGACUUAUGGGCGGAGCAGCAGCCUACUAUGCUCAAGUCGGUCAUGAACGAAUGAGAGCGGCUAAAGAAAUUUACGCAGCGGAAGCAGACACACAUGUCGCGAGACAAUCUUCUGCAACUACCCUUGACCUUCAUGGAGUUAGCGUGGCAGAUGCGGUUCGAAUCGCCAAUGACAGGACUCAAGGCUGGUGGGAUAGCCUGGGCGAUGCAAAGUACGCUUCAGGAGGCGGCGGACCCAUGAGAGCUGGCUUCAAGAUCGUGACCGGCGUAGGUACUCACAGCAAGAAUCAUGCUCCGAGAAUAGGACCUGCAGUGAGCAAAAUGCUAAUCAGAGAAGGUUGGAAGGUUGAGAUUGGGCAUGGCGAGUUGAUCGUGACUGGAAGGCUUCGACGCCAUUGA